UGGAGAUUAAACUAUACUAUAAAUCCCCUCACUGGGAAUUAGAGUGCAAGCUCCUCAGGCUAGUGUUGCCAUGGUUUCCAGGCACAGCUCUGGGUGACCUUGACACUGAUCACAUGAUCUGAUAUCCCGGCAUCCUCAGCGGUGGUCAGCUGACCUGCCUGUCCCAAGAUGGCGGCGCCCAUGUUGCACGCUGUACGUGGAGCGGCCCGGCGGGUUCCCCGGGUUUCCUGCCGCUGCCUGUCGGGCUCCCCGGGGUUCCUGGCGGCCGUGGCCCGGAGGGGGCUGUUCCAGGAGCUGUUCCCUCCGGAGGGCCCCGGGCUCCCAGACCUGCUCCUGUCGGGGCCCCAGACCGUGUACUGCGGGUUCGACCCCACGGCGGACUCCCUGCAUGUGGGGAACCUGCUGGCCGUGCUGGGCCUGCUUCACUUCCACCGGGCCGGCCACCACGCCAUCGCCCUCAUCGGUGGGGCCACAGCCCAGAUAGGGGACCCCAGCGGCCGCAGCCUGGAGAGGGAACCCCUGAACCCCGAGACCCUGGAGAGCAACGUGCGGGGGGUCAGGGACAGCCUGAACAGGGUGUUCGAGAACUACCAGGUGCUGCAUGGGGGCCACGCCAAGCCGGGGGCCACCUUCAACGUGCUGGACAACGCGUCCUGGUACCGGAACCGCCAGCCCAUAGAGUUCCUGAGUUCGGUGGGCCGCCAUUUCCGAAUGGGUACCAUGCUUAGCCGGCACAGUGUGCAGAGCCGCCUGAAGACCCCCGAAGGCAUGAGCCUCACCGAGUUCCUCUACCAGAUGUUCCAAGCGUACGACUUCUACCACCUUCACCAGCAGCACGGCUGUAAGAUCCAACUGGGGGGCAACGACCAACUGGGCAACCUCAUGUCCGGCCACGAGUUUAUUCACAAGUAAAUAUAAUGCAUGCCAUGUAACCGUGUAUUAUUGGGGGCACCGCCCAACUGGGCAACUUCAUGUCCGGCCACAAGUUUAUCUACAAGUAAAUAUUAUGCAUGCCAUGUAUUAUUGGGGGCACCAUCCAACUAGGCAACCUCCUGUCCGGCCACGAGUUUAUCCACAAGUAAAUACAAUGCAUGCCGAAUAUAAUUAGGGGCACCGACCAGCUGGGCAACUUCAUGUCCGGCCAUGAGUUUAUCCACAAGUUAAUAUAUAAUACAUCCUGUGUAUUAUUGAGGGCACCAACCAACUGGGCAACCUCAUGUCCAAGUGUGAGUUUAUGUACAAGUAAAUGUAAUGCUUGCUGUGUAUCCAUGUUGUAUCCAUGUGUUAUUAGGGGCAUCGACUAACUGGGCAACCUCAUGCCCAGCUGCAAAUGUGCCCACAAGUAAAUAUAAUGCAUGCCGUGUAUUAUUGGGGGCACCGACCAACUGAGCAGCCUAACGACAGGCUCACAAUUUUUUUCACAAGUAAAUAUAAAACGUUCCCUGUGCUGCUGGGGUAUGGACCAACUGGGCAACUUCAUGUCUGGCCAUGAAUUUAUCUACAAGUAAAUAUAAUGCAUGCCAUGUAUUAUAAGGGAUAUGGGCCAAAUGGGCAACUUCAUGUCUGGCCAUGAAUUUAUCUACAAGUAAAUAUAAUGCAUGCCAUGUAUGAUAAGGGAUAUGGGCCAAAUGGGCAACCUAAUUCCCAGCCACAAAUUUAUUCACAAGUAAAUGUAAUGUGUAACAUGUACUAUUGGGAAAAGGGCCAAUUUAGCAAUCUCUCACCCAGCCUCAACUGUAUCCACAAUUAAAAUACUGCAUUCUGUGACAGGUGCCAACCAACUGGACAACUCCAUAUCUAACCACAAGUAAUUAUAAUUCGCGCAGUAUUAGUGGGGGGGGACAACAAAUUGGGCUAGCUCACAUUUGGCCAUGAAUUAUUCACAGUAAAUAUACUGCGCUGUGUGUUAGUGGGUGGCACCCAUCCGAACGGACCACCCUCAUGUCGGGCCACUAAUUUAUCUGAAACUAAAACAUCAAGUGUGUGAUGUUUGGGUGGCACAAACUGGGCAAGUUUGUUUUGACAUUAUUAGCGUUUGUUAAUAUUAUUGUUAAAUUACAUAUUGAUAUUUCCUUCAUAGGGUGACUGGUGAAGAUGUAUUUGGGAUCAUGUUGCCUCUUAUUACGAAUACCACAGGGGACAAGCUGGGAAAAUCUGCUGGAAAUGCGGUCUGGCUGAAUAGAGAACGGACAUCUCCAUUCGAUUUCUAUCAGUUUUUUGUGAGGCAGAAGGACAGCAGCGUUGAGAGGUAAGUCGGAGGAAAUAUGGCUAGUGGCAUUUAUUUAGGAGUAGUAAUUGCUACUUGCAGUUUAUAAACCCUGGCUAUUAGAUGAUUUGUCCUCCUUCGUGAAAAUGUAACAAUUAAAAUAACAAUAUUGGUGGAUCAAAGGAACAAUUAGUAAAGUGUGUAUAUAUUAACUAAAUAUGUUUAUGGGCCAUGUGUAGAAAUUUAAAAUAAACCUUUAAAAAAAAACAACAAUUACAUUUGCCUCUAAUGCAACACUGGGACAGACUUCUCAUUAGAUGUUCACAAUAUUUGGCUUCACACACUGGAUGACAGUUAUAGAAUUUAUUCUAGUCCGAAGCCCCUAGUAAGUGUCUCACAGCGACUUGUAGGGAUGGAAAUUGCUAAAUGGAAACUGCACUGCUUUCAACAAGGCUGUAGAACAGGCCUGUCACUCCCCCAGUGUAGAAUUAACUCUAAAACGUAACUAAGGUUGUUAUUAGUGCUUAGUGUUCCUCUAAGCAGCCAGUUGCAAUGAUUCAGUGACCGGUUGUAUUUAGAACUUGCCCAAGAUGCUGGGAAUGGGCAGUCACCUGAACUGUUAUUACACAGUAAGAAUAAUACGUGUACAGUUUCUGGAGGUAAUCAAUCCUUGUAUUCCAUAUUACGUUAUUUGGAAUUCCUGGUUCAAACAGAUGUUACAGUUCUGUUAUAGACAGAAUACUAAGCUGUGAAAUGUGUUCUUUAUCCAAGGUUUUUGAAACUGUUCACAUUCCUUCCACUUGAGGAGAUUGAAAAAAUAAUGGAGCAACAUGUGAAGGAGCCCGAGAAAAGGGUUCCCCAGAAAAGACUUGCUGCGGAGGUUACCAAACUCGUUCAUGGCAAAGAGGGUCUGGAAUCUGCCAAAAGGUAGCAUUAGAUUAUCCUCACUAUCCAUAAGAAUUGAGAAGGUUAAAGCUUCCUCAGCUGCAACAUGUUUAAAUGUGAAGUGGAUUACACUUGGCCCCGCUUGCAGUAACAAGGUGUUUACCGUUACCGUUUACUUAUUUCUGUUUUAGUCUUUAGCUCGGUCAACAUAAUUUGUACAAUUGACAGCCAUAACCAUUAUGGAGACAUGUCUUCUGAAAUUUUCCCUGUAAAAAUUGUAUCUUAUGGUGGUAGCAUAUGUAUGUGCAGUGUCACUGGUGACAUUGUGUCAAGGCUGGGAUUAGUAGUGACACUCCAAGAACCAUGACGAUUAGAACUAACUGUAGUAGUUAUGUGGCAAGGUGUGUUUGGGCAAAGUAGUAUUUACUAGCAUCUCCAUAGCCUCCAAUUUCACUUUGACAUCUGAGAAAAUGGUUUGAUAAAAAGUUGUAGGAAUUCCAGUGCUUGGAUCAUUUAUUGCCUGAAACUUUCAAAUCUUAUUGCACCAGCUGCCUACGUGUCAAAUCCUGUUUAGCCACAGUUUGACUAAAAUACAAUGAAUAACCAUACAUAUAAUUAUUUCUGUCAUGGAUGCCCCUCAUGUUCUAGAUCUGUCAUUGUUUAUGUGAUGGUUGGUUGUCUUCCAGGUGUACGCAUGCUUUAUAUCAUAGCAGAAUCGAUGCUCUGGAAGCCAUGUCUGACCAGGAGUUGCAGGAACUCUUCCAAGAAGCUCCUUUUACUGAAUCACUCUUUGAACCGGGUACUAGGGUACUGGAUGCCUGCCUGGCCGUGUCUGCCAUCCCGGAGGGCGCACGUGGGUAAGAUUUAAGGUUGUGUCGGUUUACAUUUACCUUGUGUGAAUAGCACCCACUCCUCCUGAAACCCUCCAACAGGAUUUUCAGGAUCAAGCAAAACAAAACCAACCUACUUUGAAACUAUUUCCAAUUAAAACUGAAAAUGGGGAGUGUGUGAAGCCUAAUUAACAAAAAAAAUUUGCAAACUAUUCACCAACUUCCAUAUCUGAUGUUUAUUUUUUUUAAAGUAAAUUCUAUGUUUAUAUUGGUCAUAGAGAGCCCCCUUCCAGCAGUAGGUGUAAAAUCCUUCCUUGAAUUCUUUGGAGGACAUGGGAUUCUUUGUAUGAUUGGGUGCAUUCUAGUAUAAAUGAAAACAUUUACUAGGCUUUCUUUCCUAACUAAAUCCUCCCUGACCCCUCUGUACUAUUUUCCUUCCUGAUCCAUAAUGUGACUUUUGAAAACUGGUGCCCAAAAUAAGUCUAAAAUUCCAAUUUUUUUUUUUUUUAGUUUUGAUAUCAUCACCCGUGGCGGUCUGAGCAUUAAUCACCAGAAGAUUACAAAUCCAGAUGAGAUCCUGGUACCCGGGCAACAUAUUCUUAAAAAUGGACUCUCGCUAAUAAAAGUUGGAAAGAAGAACUUUUACAUUCUGAAAUGGCUGCACUUGAUAUGAGCCAUAAAUGUGGAUGCCUCUUAUUCUGACUGGGGUACUUUGUCAGAGAACACUAUAUUGUACUAUUCUCACUGAGUGAGAACUGCUCUGUAAAUAAAUGACUGACUUAUACACAUGGUUUGUGUUGCCAGCUCAGAGUGCAUGCGCCAAUCAAGACAAGGGAGGGAUUUUAAAUUGAGAGAAGGAAAAAACCCACACAUUCCCAAUCCUGCAGUCUGGCAUUACUGAGCGGAACCAAGUCUUUCCAUCACAGGCUGUUGGGAGAGAAUCUGUCUGCACACACUAAACACACACAGAUAUAUGCACAUAAGACUAAAUUCUGCCAUAUUACAAAGCUUUUUUUUUUUUUUCCUGCAGCGUUUAUCUGAUUUCUUUAUAAAUACUGUAUUCUGUUGGGUUGAUGUAGGCAGAUCUAUUUAUAAUUUUGUGCUGUGUGGUAGAAAAUAUUCAUUUAACAAAAAAAACCCCUCCAUUUUAUAAAGCAUUCUGUAGACUUUGCCAUAAAAAUUUCACAUUUUAAAAGGACCAUUCUGCUCCCCAGCUUAGAUUUCAGGUCAUAUUUGUAUAUAAACCAUUACAUGCUUAAUUCUGCAACAAUGCAUGUCGAAACUGAAAGGAAUUAAAUAAACUGUGGGCCUAAUUUGCAUAUACGUAGCCACAAUACAGAAUCAUGGGAGUAAAAGACAAGAGUAACUCAUCUGCGGUGUGCUACUAACAAGAAAAAUGCUCAUCUUAGAAUGUCCCCAUUUGAAUCUUAAAGCUUCUGUAAACAUCUGCUGUAUGUACCAUAAGAUUGAAGACUUUCUAUUAAAUCUGCUCAAGUUUUAUUCCCCAUAUGCCUUUCAAUUUGCAUACUGCUCUCUCACAGAAAGCUACACAUCUGAUGUAUCCCAUUAAUGUCUGUACAAAGCCAGAGCUGAUGUUUUUAUCCUGUCUCUCCACCUCAGUUUUGUUGCAUAAAUCAGAUAUUGUGAAAAUGAAUCCGGAUUUGUUGUUUUUUUUGUGUGCGAUGGGACAUUCCAG